AUGCCCAAACGCUCCCGCCCACCACCACCAACAGCCACCCCCGGACCAAGCGGAAGAAACAGAAACAGAGACAGAGACACCACCCCCCCUCUUCCCCCCUACCAACCCCCCACCAGCACCCUGACGACCCUAUCCCACCAACCGACCACCGCACCCGCCCUCUCCGCCCUCCUCGCAACGCACACCUCCUCCACCCUAAAAACGCACCUCCAGCACGCGCAAGAGAAACUCACCGACGCCGCAGGCGAGAUCAACGAGCGGCUCACAGACGCGAAAGAGAGGAGUAAGAAAUCGCGGGAGAGGAGGAGGAAUAUACGUUCUCAUACUUUGGAGAAUAAUAAUAAUAAUGGUGAGGGGGUAGAUGAGGAAGGGGGGGAUAGUGAGGACGAGGGGAUUGAAGAGUUCGAGGAGAGAGUGGCUCAGACGACGAAGGUAUUGGAGGAGACUAUUCGGGGGGUUAUUGAUGCGGAAGUGAGGGGGGAGGAGCUUGGGAGGGUUAUCUCGGGAUUGGAGGGCGGGGUUGCUGAACGGGUGAGGGUUAGGGGUGUGAGGAGGAGUCAGAGAGGAAUUGGGAGAAGGUUGAGGGGGCAUCAUGGUGAGGAUGAGGAGGAUGAGGAUGGGGAGGAAGGGGUGGAUGUGGAUGUCGAUGAAGAUGAGGAGGGCGCGGUGCCGUUCCUGGCGCAGUUCGAGGAUGAGCUGCGCGGGAAGAUGGAGGAGUAUUCUACGAACAACUCCUACAUAGGUUUCUACAAAAUCAUCCACGAAGCCAAACACAUCGGCGACGAAAUCCCCCCUCCGCCUCAUCCGUCGACGUGGUUCGCUCACUUGGAAGAUCCUCAUUCUCAAUCUCAACCACAAUCUCAUCCAUCUGCCUCUACCUCUACUUCAACCACUACCACCAGACAAACUAGACCCACCCGCGCUCGACCUCAACCCCCCUCCGAAGAAGAAGAUGAAGAUGAUGAUGACGAAAUCGCCAUCCAAACUGAACGCAUAUCGCUGAAAUGCCCCCUCACACUCCUUCCCUUCCGCGACCCCGUGACCAGCACGAAAUGCCCACACAGUUUCGAGCGCGAGGCGAUAUUCACCAUGAUUAGCGGGAGUAAUCAGAUGGUGCCUGAUCCGAGGGGGUCAUCUGGAACUGGAAGAGCGAAGCGCGUGCGCAGCGUCAAGUGUCCUGUGUGCGAGGUGCAGUUGACGGAGUUUGAUCUGCGGAGUGAUCCUGUGCUGAUGAGGCGGGUGAAGAGGGCGGAGAUGGCGGAGUUGAGGAGGAGGGAGAGGGAGAUGUUGGAUGAUGGGGAAGAUGAUCAGGAUGGUGGUGACGGGGGUGGUGGUGGGGGGAAGAGGAAGAGGAGUGGGAGGAGGAGGGGGAGUGCGGUUGAGGUUGAUGAUGGUGAUAGUGAUGAUGAUAGUGGUGAGGAUGAUGGGGUGGAGAGGAUUCGGGUUAAGAGGGAGAGAGGGAUGUCUGUUGCUGCUAGGAUUAAGCAGGAGAGGGCGGUGUCGAUGGUUGGGGAUGGGGAUGGGGAUGUGGAGGAGGUUGAUAUGGAUGAAGAAGGGGGAGGGGAAGAGGGUGGGUAUGAUUCUAUGUAUGAUGAGUGA